AUGGUUAUCGAAGGCUUGAAAAAGACUGUGGAGUUUGCAUGUGGUGAAAUUAAUGAUGUGAAAUCGAGAGUGGCAAAAGUUGAAAAAAAUGUGGAAAGGGUGGAAAAGAAUAACAAUGUCUACAAUAGACGUCUCAAUGAUCUGGAACAAUACACAAGAAAAUGGAACCUGAGACUCUACGGCUUGCCAGAGUUGGAGAAUGAAGAUGUGCGAGGAGAGGCUAUCCGUAUCUGCCAAGAAGUUUUGCCUGCAGAGAACAACAAAGUUGGUGAUACCAUCAACGUUGUGCAUCGCCUCGGCAAGAAGCAACAGCAAAGCGAUUCAAGACCCAGGGGUAUCAUCAUCCUAUUCACUACCAGAUUCUACAGGGAUGCUGUCUGGAAAGCUGCUUGGAAGAACGCCUUCCUUCAGAGCCAUGGUAUGCGUUUCGCCGAGCAUCUCAGCCCGGAAGACAUAGAAAGAAGGAACAAGUUGUGGCCAAGGAUCAAGAUAGCACGAAGUGAGGGGAAGGCUGCUUACUUCCAAGCUGCUGCCCUCCUGCUAAAAAAAGAGGUCUGCUGGAAGGAGAAAGAAGGUAUUUGGCUGAACGUUGUCGUGAAAGAGGAGAAUGAAGAGGAGGAUGUCACAGUAAACGAUGAAGUAGAGGGUGAGGCUGUUACACAGAAAGAAGAGGAAGAAAACGAUUAUACUUUUUUUGGAGUGAAUGAAGGAGAGAUAACUGUCAUAUUGAAGGAGGAGGAGAGGGAAGAAGAGGAGGAGACAGAAGAUCUGAGUAACACCAGAGAGAGACCAGACUCUCCUUCUGACAGCAGGAAGAGUCCUUCAGGGAAACCAGACCCCGAGACGUCCAAACCAGCAGGACGACAUCACUGCUCCCAGUUUGGAAAGAGUUUUACUCAGUUAGGGAGCCUGAGAACACAUAAGAGAAUACACACUGGAGAGAAGCCUUACCACUGUACCCAAUGUGGAAUGUCGUUUACCCAGUUAGGGAGCCUGAGAACACAUAAGAGAAUACACACUGGAGAGAAGCCUUACCACUGUUCCCAAUGUGGAAUGGCGUUUACCCAGUUAGGGAGCCUGAGAACACAUAAGAGAAUACACACUGGAGAGAAGCCUUACCACUGUUCCCAAUGUGGAAUGACGUUUACCCAGUUAGGGAGCCUGCAAACACAUGAGAGGGGACACACAGGGGAAAAGCUUUUCCAAUGUUCCCAUUGUGGAUAGAGUUUUGGCCAGGUAGGAAACCUGAACAAGCAUGAGAGGACACACACAGGUAAGAAGAUGUACCGCUGCUCCCAGUGUGGAGAGAGAUUUACCCGGUUAAGGUUCCUGAAAGAGCAUGAAGGAAUACAUACAAAUACACAGGAGGAGAAGACAUACCACUGCUCUCAUUGUGGAAAGACAUUUUCCCAGUCAGAGAACCUGAAAACACAUGAGAGAAUCGAGAGGCUCUGUUCUGACUUGUGUUUUUGACUGAGAAUGUGUGUGUUUGUUUGGGCUGUCAGACUUGAGUUCACUUUGUGUAAUGUUAGUGCACUAUUUUUAAUUGUGAUUAAUCCAUUGUCUGAAAGGGUUGAAAACACACUGAAAACAUCCAGAAUACAUCCUAUAUACAGCUAGAAUCUACAAUGCCAUGUAAACACAAGAUGACAUUGAGGUUAAAUAAAGUGUGAUUUAUCAAUGGAACAUA